CCCCGCGCGCGCGGCGGGAAAUCCGCGUCAAACCGGCCAGCCAUAUACGCAUGCACACCACGCAGAGAGCUAUGCAUGUACAUGUAGACUCACAGCUAGCUACAGUGAAGAUGUCAUUCUCCUGCCUCUUAUUGCUCCCCUGCUGCUGUCUUCUCCUGGUCGCGUCCCUGGCAUCCGGUAUACCUACUCCACCUUCUGCCAGUAAUAGCUCUUUGCUGUGGGACUACUUUCUCUUUGUUCAACAGAGCCCUGGAGGGAUAUGUUAUUUUGAGGUGAGUCACAGCUCCAGCUGCAAUAACAGAACCCUGAACAGAAAGUUUUCCUCACAGGGAGGUAAAAACUGUGAAUACGCUCUCAAUAUUACCAACUGGACUAUGCACGGCAUCUGGGCUACAAAAUAUGGUACGGAGGGACCAAACUGGUGUGACGAAAGUGCCAAGUUUGUACUGGAAGAGAUAGGGGAACUACUGCCACAGAUGGUGAGCCAGUGGCCCAAUAUGAAACCGGAGACCAACUUCAGUUCUUUCUGGUCACAUGAGUGGCUGAAACACGGAACGUGUGCAUCGGAAAUCGAGUGCAUGAGCUCAGAGAAAGGUUUCUUUUCCACCGUCCUCGCCCUCCACCGGACCAAGAUGGACUUCUCUGCCAUUCUCUCACGUCGGGGAAUCUUCCCCUCUCACAACCACACCUUCAAGACAGCAGAUUUUAACUCAGCGUUUGAGAGCUCAACAGGAGUACAGCCACUGUUAGAAUGUCUCUAUUCAGCGGAAGCUGGGCAGGUUUUGUCACAGGUGUCUCUCUGCCUGAAGAAAGAUUUCACGGUGAUGUCCUGCCCCGACCAUGUCUUCAACAGCACCAGACACAAGUGCUGGGAUGACGAACCAAUUCACUAUAUUCCGAAUUUCUGACAUACUGCACUCCCUAUAGUUUCUACUAGUGAUAUUGUGUUCAUCUUCUGAUGUAGACAUGUUUCUUUUCAUUUCUUCUGUUUAUACCGCCAUAAUUAUCCUGCCUCUCUUUGAAUA